AUGUCGCCCACGCCCUCAGAAGAGACUUCUGCCGCCUCUAAAAAACGCAAGGAACCGUCUUCUACAACCCAAGCAGCUAAACGCGCUCGAUCGCACCCUUCCCCUUCCGGCAAUGCGUUAAAGCCAGCCCUUAUAGGGCCUCACGAAGCCAUCAUUGCCCAGCUCCAACCAAAAUACAACGUCCUCGCCGCCUCUGUAAUAUCCUCAACACAGAUCCGGAAGCGUGUCACGCAAGCUAUUUCGCAUCUUGGCUCUACAUCAGACCUACCGUGUGUGGUGUUGCUGCAUGCGCGAACGGCAGAAGUGUGCAAGAUGAUUACCAUUGUGGAGCAGUGCAAGAGGCUGCUGAGGGAGGAGGGGAAGACAUGCUUUCAAUAUAAUGAAAUGUUUGAACUUCCAGAGGCAAAGAGGAAGGAUUUGAUUGAGGAGACGGUUCUGGAAAGGAAUCGUGAAGACGAGGACGAGGACGAGGACGAUUUUGAGACGAUGGAGAGUCGGUUUGAAAGGGCGGUGAUACCAGAACCAUCGAAGCGCGUGACCAUGUCCCUGAGGGUGUUCUUGAGUAAAAAAGAGGUAGUAGACCUGAAGGCCAGAAAGGGGGUUACUGUUCAGUCCCAUGAGCCUGCAUGA